AAGCUGAAGAAUCAAAAGUCCAGUAGGUGUACGGAAUACACAAUUUUUUUUUCACGUAGGAUAUCAUAACCCUAUGAUCAUUUAAUCCUUUUUAUUAUGGAUAUAUGAAAUUUUGACAUUUAAAUUUGUUUAUAGUGAUGAAAAGUUAUAAUUGGAUAAAACGUCCAUUUCUCUAACGGAAAUCUUCUGUUGAGAAAAAUCAACCACACGAGGCAAUUAUAUUUUUUCUAACCGAAGGCAGAUAAAUACCCGUAUUCGCAGCAACAUGCAGAACGUUUCCAAAUUAAUUAUGAAGUUCAAGCGUAACAAUGACGUAACGUCACAAUAACGGUACUUCACGACGGCAAACGAGAAAAUCAUGGAUCAGAAUUAAACAACUGCAGAAAAAAUUCUUUGAACUGGUAUGCGUGUUUUAUAACAAUUAUGGAAGGUGACACAACAAAGAAAAACGCCGAUCCUCCAGAAACGGAUCUUGAUUAUUAUUCUAGACCCGAAAAUUAUGAAGGAAGUAAUUUAACAAAUAUAAAACGGUUUAAUUUUGCGAAACAAAAGGAAGACAAGGCAAAACUUGAUGCGUUAAAGGGUAAGAAAAAGAAGAAAGAUGGUUUUGACCUUUUUAAAAGGUACCGUCAUAUUUUAAAAGGAUAUUUAGAUGCUGACAUCGAGCCAGAUGAACCCGAUACAAGCGACGAUGAAGGGGAGGAAUCUAGUUCCAAAAAAAUCAAAUUCAUCGCGGAGGAAGAUUCCAAGUCUGAAAAAUCGGAUAUUGAAAAACCAAAAACAAGUGAAUCGACUAAAAAGGAAGAAAAACUGGAAAUAAAGUUGGAAAGUUUUGAUUCAUGUGAAAUACCAAUAAAUACUCCCGAUACGCCGACGGACUCCGGAUACCGUACUGGCACUGGGACAAUAGGGAAGGAACGUUCACUAUCUGUUACGCCAGUGGAUAUAAGUGGAAGCCAGUCAUGUAUUGGUGGUAGGAAAAGUGCAUCUGGUAGAUCUUCAGUGUCAUUGAAGGGAAACCUGUUAUCCAGGGAGCUUAGAGCUAGACAGGCUAAAGAAAAUUGGAGAAAAUAUACACGAUUCAUCAUUAUGGUUCAUAAACUCUCCUCAGCAGCGGGUCAAGGUGAUACUGAUAUGGGUAUGAAAACAUUUACAGAUAUAGCAAGUGAGGCAGAAUCGUCAGCUUUAAAGAGUUCAGGUCUUUCAUUUGAUCCUAACUACUUUAAAGCUAAAAAAGAGAUAAAUAUCAGUAAUGAAGUGAAAAAUAUUCUUAGUCUUCCAUCAGAUCAAAGAUCUCCAGAACAAAUCCAAACGGCAAUGUUUGGACUACAAAGUCUUCGAUCGUUUGCUGAAUAUCCACUUCAUAUGCAAGAAAAGCUGGCGUCAGUAGCCUGGUUCGAAUUAGUACCACCAAAAAGGAUUAUAAUUCGUCAGGGACAUUUUGCAGAAAACUUUUAUUUUAUUCUUUCCGGACAAGCUGUUGUCACAUUACUUCUUACAAACCCUAAAACUGGUGCUUCCUUUGUCAAAACAGCAACAAUAAUGAGAAAAGGAAUGAGCUUUGGAGAACUUGCCUUGUUACAUCACUCCAGACGCACAGCUACAGUAACUAGCCAAGGAACUGUACAGUUACUUACCAUUGGACGAGCAGAUUUCUUUGAUAUCUUUAUGAGUGGAGAGGGACCUGACGAUAUUCCUGAUCACAUUAAGUUCAUAAGUCAGUGCGACUUUAUGAAAGACUGGCCUAUUGAAAAUUUAUUGGAACAUCCAGAAAAAUGUUUGCUGCACUUUUUCAAACGAAAUGUUGUUAUUGUGAAAGACAGCACUUUUAACGAAUGGAUAUAUGUUGUGAAAUCGGGGUUCUGCCAAGUUCUGAAACAGCUCAAAGGUGUAACACCUAGACUUGGAUUUAACACUAGACAAAACGCAGACAAAGAUCCGUCGAUACCAAAAUUGCCAGGGUUAAUCAAAGAAGCCAAGAUUGAUACUGGCCUAAGAAGAAAACGACGAUCAAAAUCUGCUCCAGUGAAAGAAGAGAAUGAAGAAAACAGUCCACCAAUGGAGGAACAUAAGGCACCAGAAGCACAUACAUUUUCAAAAGAUCAAUACUCAAAGAAUCCCACCACUUUAAAAGCUCAUUUUGCAGUGAAAAGACCAAAACAGAACUACGUCAUACCAGAGAAAUGCAGGCCUCCAAAACCUGUACCAGAACCGAAAGAACUAUCAACAGGAAAACUGCCAGCAGUAUAUGUUCAAGUUGAAGCUCUUAAACCAAGAGAUGCAUUUGGUUUAGAAACUAUAGAAUUUGAUACUGAUUCAGAAAGGACAAAUACAGUUGUUAGCUUGGUAAGCCGUGGUGCUGAAUGCAUUAUGCUAUCUAAAGAAUUUUUCAUGAAACAUGCAAACGAAAAGGUGAAGAAGUUGAUUCGACAUCAGGUUCAACCUUAUCCUGAAGAUGAAGCAUUUCAGAAUAACCUGCAGAUAAAAUCAGAUUGGCAAUUGUACAGACAUUCAUUAAUCACAACACUGACUAGCAAUCUAUGAUUUUUAAACCUUUUCUAGCUGUGAUACCGAUUUAAUUAUUCCGAUUGUUAAAUUUUAACUCAGGUUUCUUCCUAACUCUAUCAUGCAAUGAGGAGCUCUUAUCAUUUAUAUCUUUAUUUUUUUAUGUGCUUAUUGUAAAAACACUUAUUC